UCUUUGACUCCGGUUUUACUUUUGGUGGAAAUACUUCUAUCUCAAUUCAAUUUUUACUCAACUCGCCUCCGGUGAAAACUAAACCUAUUUUAUAUCUCAUAUUUACGUGACGUGACAUUUGGUGACCCAAACAAAUCUCAUUUAUAUCAGAUAAGUUACAUUGAAAACAAUGGAAGCUACUAUUCAACAAACUAUUUUAAACGUUGCUAAUCAAGUUGAACAACAAAUUGAUGAUCAAUUGGAGCAAUUAGACAAACUUGAUGCUGACGAUUUAGAAAAAUUACGAGCGAAACGCUUAGAAGAAUUAAAGCGCAUUCACCAACAAAAACAGGCUUGGCUUAAAGCGGGUCACGGUGAAUAUGUUGAACUUCCUGAUGAAAAAGAAUUUUUCAACGUUUCUAAAAAAUCAAAAAAUAUCGUUUGUCUAUUUUACAAAGAUGAUUCAUUCAGAUCUAAAAUUGUUGACAAACAUUUGCAUAUCCUUGCUAAACAACACAUUGAAACACUUUUUUGCAAAGUCAAUGUCAUGAAAUGUCCAUUCUUAACUGAUCGAUUGAAAAUUAAAGUCAUACCAACGAUAGCUCUUAUUAAAGACGGUAAAACUAAAGACUACAUCGUUGGCUUCACUGAUUUGGGCAAUUGUGAUGAUUUUUCGACAGAAAUGUUAGAGUGGCGAAUUGCUCAUUCUGGAGUUAUUAACUAUUCUGGUGAUCUAUUGAAACCUCCUGACAAUGCUAAAUCCCAAAAAAGUUCUCUAUUAAAAAGUAAUUCAAAAGUUAUUCGCGAUAAAUGUGAUAGUGAUAAUGGUUCUGAUGAGGACUAAAUAAUAAUUCUUUUUUUAUAAUAUUUAAAUACAUUAAUAACAAUAUUGUAUCGUUAUAAUUUAAUAAAUAUUUUGAUAUCCAACCUA